AUGGCAGACGACACAAGAGAGAAUUUUUUCUCUAAAAAAUCUACAAAAUCCCCUAAAAUGAAGUGGCGCAAAGUCUUAUAUGAAGAUCAGCAUGUUCCUGAUAACUAUGUCAGUGAUACAUUCCUUGACGAAAUGAGAAAGAAUUUGAAUACAAGAAAUUAUCAAUACUGGCCUGUAGUGAGAGAAUCGGGUGUUGUAACCCAGCAAAUAAGCAGUGUGUGUAUCUUUGCCGUUGUCUUUAUCUACAUGAAGAUUGCGUGGCUGACACCUCAGAUGCUCUUCGUCUUCUCAUCGGUGCUGACAUCUAUUGGCUAUGUCUUGAAUGAUCUGAUCGACGGAGGAGAAGCACGGAGACAGAGUGAGAGGAGAAGACGUGAUGAUUUCUCCACUGUUGUAAUGUUCAUAUCAUUCGGUUUCGGACUAUCUCCUAUCUUGAUGACUCUGACAGAGACCAUCAGCACAGAUACUAUCUACGCCAUGACGACAAUCAUGCUUCUGGCUAAUGUGCUCUUCCAUGACUAUGGUACUAAUGCUGCUGUAGUGUCAGGUGCUCUUUCCUUCAAUGCUGCCAUCUUUGCCUCUGUCUGCCUUGCCUCCAGAUUACCGAGCACGUGGCACGGGUUCGCCUCGGUCACUUUCGCUGUGGAGGUCUUUGCUCUCUGGCCACAGUUCAGGAGAAAAGUCAAGGCACAUAACCCCCGUUGUCAUGUCCCGAUGACCAUCGUCACAGGACUCGUGGCAGCGGGUUGCAUCUACUCUGUCUCCACGGUGAUGGCCGUCAUCUUUGUCAUCAUCCACAUCUUCAUCACGUUCAUCUGUCCAAUGUUACUGAUUCAUCUCCAGCCAUAUAAAAAUACCAUUCAUGGUCCAUGGGAUGAAGCGAUGAUACAAGAUUAAUCUAAACUGCUUGUCUGGAAUACUCUCCAAAGGACACCACCCUGACCACAAAGCUCUUGGGCAGAACUCUCUAGGAUUGUCAACUUUGUUAUUGGACUGACUGUCUUGGGGAGGACAUGCAUCUGAAAAAUUCUAAAUUCACAAGAAGAAGAGAAAGAUCUCAACAACUCGGGAAACUUACACAAGUCCUGUGGCAUGAUGCAAUCGGAGGGAAGUUGUGGUUCCAAAAUUGUUUGCAGUUGAUUCAAACAAAAUAGGCCACAGAGUGUGAAUCGAGGACACAGACUUGAUUUGAUAUGUAUCUCAAGAAGAGGCUCAGCUCCGCCCAUUCUGUUCAGUUGCAAGUCAUGCAUGAGAUCAAUUUGUAAGCUUUCGCGUCAGUGAUUGUGCCAUAGAUUUUUUUAUUGCUUUUAUAAUAAAAACUAAAACACAUA